GUUGUAAUGUAAACAUUGAUUUAUUAUAACAUCUUUAUGACGUUCAAAAUCAAAUGCAUUGAUGUUUUUAGUUCUGAAGGAUAUGUUGGAGAAAAGAGGAGUGAUGGGACAGCUUAAAGCAAGCGUGCGGGCAGAAGUGUUUGAAGCUUUAGACGAUCGGAGUGAACCUAGACCAACGCUGUCUCAUGAAAACCUUCUCAUUAAUGAACUAAUCAGAGAAUAUUUGGAGUUUAACAAGUACAAAUACACUGCGUCUGUUCUAACAGCAGAAACUGGUCUGUCGGACAUUCCUCUGGAUCGUCAGUUUCUUCUCAGGGAACUUAAUGUAGUGGACGACUCUAACUCCAGAUCUGUACCUUUACUAUAUGGGAUUUUAUCUCAUUUAUUACAAGGACAUGAGAAAGGACAGAAUCCUAAAGCCGUGCAUCGAAAAUAAAUCCCUGAAGUGGAUUGGCAACUUAAAAAGGAACACGCAAAGACCCCCAUCAAAAAAUGUUUUGCAGAAAAGGACCACUGAGUCUUCGCGACACCAGCACGUAAUAGCCUGUCUUCCACUAUACCCUGCGGCAUUCCAUGUAAAGAACAUAUUUUUAACUGUAUUUAUUUUAUAAUUUAUUGAGAAAUCAUAUUUGAACACAAUGUACAAUAAAAUAUAUACAUUUUGCUACUUAA